AUUUUUUUAAAAAGAGAGUAUAGUAAAAAAAACAGAGGAUAAAAAACGAACAAACGGUUAAAGCUGGCAAAGAUCCCAUCUUCCCCACGCUGUCAAAUUUUGUCACUACUUCCCAAAAAAAACUCUCCCGCCUCUCUCUCUCCCUCUCCCUUCUUAUUCUCCUCCUUCUUCUCCUUCACCAUCUCCAGAUCCCAAAAUCUUCAUCGAUCAUCAUCAUCAUGAGAGAAAUCCUCCACGUCCAAGGCGGCCAAUGCGGUAACCAAAUCGGUUCCAAAUUCUGGGAAGUUAUCUGCGACGAACACGGCGUUGAUCCCACCGGACGUUACAACGGUGAUUCCGCCGAUCUUCAGCUCGAACGUAUCAAUGUUUAUUACAAUGAAGCUUCUGGUGGUCGUUACGUUCCUCGUGCUGUUCUCAUGGAUCUCGAGCCUGGUACUAUGGAUAGUAUCAGAUCUGGUCCCUACGGUCAGAUUUUCCGUCCUGAUAACUUCGUCUUUGGUCAAUCCGGUGCCGGAAAUAAUUGGGCGAAAGGUCAUUAUACUGAAGGUGCUGAACUUAUUGAUGCUGUUCUCGAUGUUGUUCGUAAGGAAGCUGAGAACUGUGAUUGCCUUCAAGGGUUUCAAGUAUGUCACUCUCUUGGAGGAGGCACGGGUUCAGGAAUGGGAACUCUCUUGAUAUCAAAGAUCCGUGAGGAAUACCCAGACAGAAUGAUGCUCACAUUCUCUGUUUUCCCAUCUCCAAAGGUCUCAGACACAGUCGUUGAGCCGUACAAUGCAACUCUCUCAGUCCACCAACUUGUAGAGAAUGCUGAUGAAUGCAUGGUCCUCGACAACGAAGCUCUUUACGAUAUCUGUUUCCGCACUCUCAAACUCAGCACUCCUAGCUUUGGAGACUUGAACCACUUGAUCUCCGCAACUAUGAGUGGUGUGACUUGCUCUUUAAGAUUCCCUGGACAACUCAACUCUGACCUUAGGAAACUCGCCGUGAACCUUAUCCCAUUCCCUCGUCUACAUUUCUUCAUGGUUGGUUUCGCCCCUCUCACUUCCCGUGGCUCUCAACAGUACAUCUCUCUCACAGUCCCGGAGCUGACACAGCAAAUGUGGGACGCUAAGAACAUGAUGUGUGCAGCUGAUCCACGCCACGGACGUUACCUCACAGCUUCAGCCAUGUUCCGAGGAAAAAUGAGCACAAAGGAAGUGGACGAACAGAUCCUAAAUGUCCAGAACAAGAACUCAUCCUACUUUGUUGAAUGGAUCCCAAACAAUGUGAAGUCCAGCGUCUGCGACAUUCCACCAACUGGAAUCAAAAUGGCUUCCACGUUUGUCGGAAACUCGACUUCGAUCCAGGAAAUGUUCAGGAGAGUAAGCGAACAGUUCACGGCUAUGUUCAGGCGUAAAGCUUUCUUGCAUUGGUACACAGGAGAAGGAAUGGACGAGAUGGAGUUCACUGAAGCAGAGAGCAACAUGAAUGAUCUGGUCUCUGAAUACCAACAAUACCAAGAUGCUACCGCUGAUGAAGAAGACGAAUAUGAUGAAGAAGAAGAACAAGUUUACGAAUCUUGAUCUUACAACACAAACCAAAAGAUGAAAAAACACAGAAGUCACAUCUCUAUCUCUUUUAUUGAAAUCUCUAUUCCUACUAUUACCACUAUAUAUAUAUAUACAUGUAUCAAGUUGAAGAAUCUGGGAAAUGUGUUUGUUUGUUUGUUACUUUAUCUUUGUGGUUCUCUCUUAUUGUAUUUUGCAACUUAGUUUCUUCUUUUCUUCUCAUUGCCUUUAUAAUAAAGAGUCUGUCCACGUAUC